UACAGGUUAAGCAACCUAAGGAAGCACCACAGGACAUCAAACGGUUCAUAGAGUCUUCCAAAAAAGGAGCCGUCCUGUUCAGCCUCGGUUCCAAUGUGAAGAGCGAAAUGUUAGGAGAAGAACGCAUUCGAAUGUUCAUAAAGGCAUUUGCAAAAUUCCCCGAUUAUCACUUUUUAUGGAAAUUCUCUAACAAGGAGAAAUUGAAUUUACCUAAAAAUGUCCUGUUGCAAGAUUGGAUGCCCCAAAACGACAUAUUAGGGCACCCAAAAACUGUACUAUUUAUGACACAUGGUGGUCUCCUCAGCACCCAGGAGUCUCAUUGGCACGGAGUACCCAUGUUGGGGAUACCGUUCUUUGCAGAUCAGCACACAAACAUGAAACGUUCGAUUGAUGCUGGAGUAGCUGAAAAACUAGACAUUUUUAAUUUAUCCGAGGAAGCUAUCAUUGCCAAAUUGUCGAGGAUGCUCUCUGAACCCAGGUAA